AUUUCAUUGUCUGAAAGCUCUGGAGAGCACCUGUGAGAAGGAGAUAGGAAGAGAAUGAUAAUUGAAGAUGGGACCAAAUGGGACCUCCAAUUACCUCAGCGGAGCAAUUUAAGUCAUUGGAAGUGGAAGAUGCAAUGUCAAGUAAAGCCAAGCCAAGCCUUCCAAAAAUCCCAAUCCCCUACCCACCCCUCAUAGAAAGAGAAGCAUGUGAAAAUUACAAAAAGAACAACUACAAAAUCAUCAUUGCCAUCCUCCUGUUCUUCUACAUCUUCUCCUCUCUUGAUUCUCACCUACUACCCUCACCCACCUCCUCAAUUUGCACAAAGCAAGCUCCACAAUUCUACUUUAAACCACUCCUCUCUCUUCCACACUUUUUUUUCCCCUUCUUGAGUCCACCCUUUUCGCUGAAUUAAUGGAUCAAUGUCAGCAACCCACAAGCCAAAACGGAUAUAGAAAGUAGGGGGAAAAGCUCCAAUACUUUGUAGGUAAUCAAUCUGCUCUCUUUAACAACUCUGUUUUUCUAUGUCCUGUUAUGUUCUCUUUCCUUCUAAACCGGUCUUUCUGUUUUUAAAUCUUGCCCUCAGUUUCUUGCAUUGAUCCUUCAAAGUUUCUAGAAGGGAUUAUCACUAUCGAAAUGGGUAAAUACAUGUAGGAAUAUAUAGGAUCUUCCAGAGCAUCACUUCUUGCGGGUUUGUUCUGUGUCAAUUCUGUUUUUUGUUCUGCUCUUCACUCUGUAAGAGCUUUUCUUGGCAAAUAUAACCCAACAGGAUAGAAAGUCUUCAAGCUCCUUGAAUCAUCAUAUUCAAAAGUCUUUUUCCUAGCAAUGGAUUCUUUCAAUCAAACUUCUGGGUUCCGGUACAACCCAAAUUCGAACACAAUGGGUGAUGGUGAUUCUGAAGAGUCAGGGAUUCUUGAAAUCUAUGUUCAUCAUGCUAGGAAUAUUCAUAACAUAUGUAUCUAUGAUAACCAAGAUGUCUAUGCAAAAUUCUCUCUUACUUAUAACCCAGAUGACACCCACUCAACUAGAGUUAUCAAUGGAGGUGGCAAGAACCCAGAAUUCAAUGAAAAACUGGAGAUCAAAGUCUCCCAACUCGAUGCAGUUCUCAAGUGUGAGAUUUGGAUGUUUAGUAGAGAUAGGAACUAUAUGGAGGAUCAGCUUUUAGGGUUUGCUUUGGUCCCAAUUUCACAAGUUGUUGGCAAAGGAAAGGUGACUCAAGAUUAUAGCCUCUCCUCCACUGAUCUCUUUCAUUCCCCUGCUGGAACUGUCCAAUUGUCUCUUUCUUUGAACACAUCUUUGCCUUUGAAUCCUUCUGCAGCCGCUGCUAAUUCUUCAAUAUCAGCUGAAGUUGUGUUGCUUGACAGGAAAAUAUCAGAAGUAAUUCUUGAUCCUGCCGAGUACUCGAGGAUCGAAUUUCCUGAUAUCAAUGUUGUUACUGAGAAUCAGCAAAUGGUAUCUGAGUAUUUUGAUGGUUUGGGUUCCAGGCCUGGCUCAUUUCUUCAUCUUGGUGCUUCUCCUCAUCUUCUUGUUGUUGACUAUGAAAUGACCAUAAAUUCCUCCGAGGAAAAUCAAGGAGUUUCCACUUCUCCCAAUGGUAGUAGCAUCCAAAAUUCAGGUUUCUUGAGCUCUACCACAACUAGCUUAAGUGAUGACCGAAACUCGUCCGAUUCGAUUGACAAAAAGGGUCGGCUCAGCACUCAUUUUUCCAACUCCGUCAACGUUUCGAUCACCACAGAGGCUAAUCAGGGCUCGAGCACUUGCCCUGACACUCCUACCUCAAAGAAAGGAGGUGAAGUAAGAGACGAAAAGGGCUCAAACUUUUCAAGCAAAGAUGAGGAAGGAAACGACAAGGAAGGGAGGGUAAGUUCUGUUAAAUUUGGUCAAGUAUUUUCAUCUCCAUUAGGGAAUAAGAAUCUUGAAGCAGAGCAAUCUGCAAUGCAGCAACAAAUAGUAGACAUGUACAUGAGGAGUAUGCAGCAGUUCACUGAAUCUUUAUCCAAAAUGAAGCUUCCUAUGGAUCUUGACAAGCCUGAAAAUGAAGAUCGCGGGGAUUUGAUUCAAAGCCAUAGCAAUAAACUAGAGCUUGAGAAUAAGCAGAAAAAGGAUGGAUCACGGGUGUUCUAUGGAAGCAGGGCAUUCUUCUAAUUUUAUUGAGCUGCUGUUGGUGCAUAUGUAUAUAUUUUGUUCUCUAGCUUCGUUGUUGCUGGAUAUGGAGUUUAAUUUCUCGAAACUCUUGGUUUCUCUCGGCUUAUUUUGUGGUAUUUAUGACUGGAAAUUAGUUAUCUUGUAGUCUUGUUUUAAGGUCCUCCUCUUGUUGAUCAGUACCAUUUCUUAUUGUAAUUUGUAUCGUUAACCUUGGUAAGUACGUAAUUGUAGUUGUGUUUUGAGACCA